AUGUCGUGUGGCAAAGCGAGAGAGGAGGAAAUGGUGAAAGUUGGUGUCAUCAUCAACAGGAACUCGUCCCUGGGGAAAGUGGCUUCAACUUAUGUAGACUUGGCACUGUCUGAUUUCUAUGAUGAACAUGCAAGCCACCGCAUGAGGUUAUUUCUUCGCUACAGGGCCUUAGAUUUGAUGGAAAAUGAAGAAGUGUAUGCCAUAAUUGGACCGGAGUGGUCCUCACAGGCCAAGUUCAUCAUUGAUCUUGGAGCUAGAGCUCGGGUUCCUAUCAUAUUAUUCUUAGCCACGAGGCCUUCCCUCUGCCCGGACCAGAAUCAGCACUUUAUUUUAACUGCAUAUGAUGAUAGCUUCCAAGUGCAGACAAUUGCUGCAAUUGUUCAAGCCUUUGGCUGGAGAGAGGUUGUUCCUGUCUAUGAAGACACUGAUUAUGGCAGUGGCUUGAUUCCACACAUCAAGGGUGCCUUUCAAGAAAUAGACACUCGGGUACCUUAUAGAAGUGUGAUUCAUCCAUCAGCCCAAGAUAUCAAUAUACUAAACGAGCUCGCCAAGCUGAUGAAUAUGCAGACAAGGGUUUUCCUGGUUCACAUGACUGCUUCGCUCGGGUCUUGGCUAUUCUUGCACGCGAGAAAGGCAGGGAUGCUAAAUGAUGAGACUGUGUGGAUUGUGACUGACAGGUUAACAUCAUUGCUCGACCCAGUCGGGCAUAGAGUGAUUGAGUCCAUGCAAGGUGUGAUAGGGGUGAGGCCUCACCUCCCCAUGUCGAAGCAGCUUAUACGCUUCAAGAAGAAAUACCCAACCAAUGAGCUUAUCAGUGGUCUUCACUCUUCUAUUCUCUCUGAUAGAAUUGAGUGUUUCCUCCCUGAUUUUAUUUCACCUGUGCAAGGUGCUUUUGUCAAGGGCAGGGACAUAAGGGAUAAUAUCCAGCUUGCUCAUGAAUUGGUUACGGAUUAUAAAAGGAAGGAUGUGAGUCCUCGUUGUGCUAUAAAAGCUGAUAUCAUGAAGGCGUUUGACUCUGUAGAUUGGAAUUUCAUCAUUACUGUGCUGGAAGUUAUUGGAGUGCCUAAACAAUUUCUUGCUUGGAUAAGGGUUUGCAUUACUGGUGCACACUUUGCUAUUGAGGUCUUAAUGAAGCUGUUGCAAAUAAGAGACUUGCCUAUCACCCUUUCUGCUCUAGACAAAACUGAGAUGUAUACUGCUGGGGUUGAUCAUGAAGUGGUGAGGAGAAUGGCGGGGAUUAGUGGCUUUAAGAGAGGUUCUCUUCCUGUGGAGUUCCACUUGUACCUGGUAGGCUUUCAGAUAAGGAAUAGGAGGACGGAUGGAUUUGGAGAAGAAGAAGAUCUCCUGAGUUGGUUGCAAUUCAGGAAGGGUAACAACACAUUAGACCCUGCAGCAGUUUGGAAGAUCAGAUCAUUUGGGAAGGCGGUUUUUGCUGAGGAACUCAACAGAGCUGCAAAAGAGUAUAAAGAGAGAUCUUCACAAGCGGUUUUUGGUGGACUUUCUUGGCAUGCUCACAUUUAUCAUAUAUGGAGGGUUAGAAAUGAGUGUAUUUUUAAGGAAGUGGCUCCCCAAAAGGAGAGGGUCGUCGCAGGGACUAGGAAUUUGAAUCUCUUUGCCUUAUGGGCGUACUACACCGUAUCGGCAUUAGCCGAUGCAGUUGAGAAGGCAUGGAAUUCAUCGAAUUCUCAAUCCCGGAAGAGGCCUAGCCCAAACGCAAGAUCUGUACUGGACCUUUCUGCCAUAGGAAUCUCAGAGACGGAAAAAAUAUUCAGUGAAAUUGAGGAAGAAGUUGAUUGUUUUUGGGAAUUGGGAUUCUUUUCGGCAAGGGAUGAGAGGGAGAGAAAAACAAAGAGGAAGGAUUUUUUUGUAAAGGACCAGAGAUUCUCCGAUGAAUACGAAAUUCCAGAGUCAAUAGACUUACGGGACACUUCCAGCUGGUCACCAGUCAUGGGGUACUGGACCACCAAACAUGGGCUCCGCGACAAUGUCCUAAACAACAUCACCAAACAAGAAAAAAGGUAUUCGAGUUUCAUGCAUGACCUGAAACCACCGACGUGGCCGGGCGGGACCCAACAGCUGCCUUUGGGCUGGGUGAUUCCGGCAGUGAAGGGGAAGAAGAUGAAGAUUGGGGUCCCAGUCAAGGACGGUUUCACUGAGCUCUUCAAGAUUGAGUGGGAUGCGUGCACCGGAGUCCCAACAUAUUCUGGGUUCUCUUAUGAUGUAUUUCAAGAGGUGUUGAGAAAGUUGCCUUUCGCUCUUCCGCACGAGUUCAAGCCAUUCAUGAACGCUAGUCGGCAGAGUGCUGGGUCUUAUGAUGAUAUGCUCUGCCAGAUCAAACUGCAUGAAGUUGAUGUAGUCGUCGGUGAUACAACCAUCGUGGCAAACCAGUCCGACUAUGUGGACUUUGCUUUGCCCUACUCAGAGUCGGGCGUGGCAAUGUUGGUGGAGGUCAAAGACGACUUGCGAAGGAACAUGUGGAUCUUCCUAAAGCCUCUAAAGUGGAACCUCCGGUUAAUCACCGGCGUGGCUUUUGUAUUCACGGGCUUGGUAGUUUGGGUUCUCAAACGCUGCAAGAAUGAGGACUUUAAUGGCUCCCGGAGCGAACAACUCGGCGUCCCUGGAGAAGUCUGCAAUUCUUCGAUGAGAAUUGCAGCAUACACUGGGCUGCAAUUCUUCGAUGAGAUCCCCUUCAUCAAGCUUUUCCUUGCCAAGUACUGCGAUGAAUUCACUAUGGUUGGACCAAUCUACAAAACCGAUGGGUUCGGCUUCGCCUUCCCUAUGGGGUCUCCAUUGGCCUCCUACGUCUCAAGGGCAGUUUUGAAUGUUACCCAAGACAAAGCUAGGAUGGAUGCGAUCGAAAGGAAGAACUUUCUCAGCCAGACUUCGUCUUGCCAAGACGGGACAGACCAAGGCACCAUAAUCUCCUCAGACCUCAGCCACAGCGUGUACAGCUUCGGUGGGCUCUUCAUAAUCACCGGAGUCACUUCACUGUUUGCCCUCCUAGCGGAGCUUCCCUUCUCGAAUCGGCACCGAUUU